AUGUGUAUGCAAAAUGUACAUCAAAAAAAUCAGAAUUCUACAUUGAAUGUUUCAAUGAUUAAAACUGAAGAAUGGCCACCAACCGUAACAGUAUAUCCAAUAAGUUCGUCAGAAAGUAGUCUCACGUCUGUUGAUGAUAAUGAUAUAAUUGCGUUUGGUCCAAUUAACGUAAAACGACGUAGAAAACCAGCACCGACACUAGCUACUGGUCGUAGGUCCAAGUAUGAGAUUUUAACUCCUGAAGAAGCAAAUAAACGUGAUAUAAGACGUGCACGUAAUCGUGCUGCUGCUGAACGAGUGCGUAUCAAUCGACUUAAUGUUGAACAACAAUUACAAGGGAAAAUUGAUGAAUUAGAAAAUCAAGAACAAAAUUUACUCGAUAUUAUAGAAUUGCUCCAAUCUCAAAAGCUUCAAUUAGAGACGCGACUUGUCACGCACGACAAGCUAUGUUCAAGUAGAUCUUUACCGAACGCGCAAAAUUAUCUCAUACCUACAGUUCUCUCAACUAGUGCUCCUACAUCGGCACCAUCUCAACAAGUAUCUUCAUUUUGUUUCGAAGAUUUAUUUUCUGAUUCACCGACUCCUGCACAAACUCAGCCAGAUAAUCUAUCAAAUUUAUUACCAACUUUGAUGCCCAUCGAUGAACUCGACAUAUUUUUGAUGGAUAUAUGUGAAUGA